AUGUACUGCCAGAAGUGUCGCACGCCGCUGAAGCUCGAUGGCUCAGUCGAGUCACUCAACCCAGCUGCCUUUGACUUGUUAUCCAACUCUACAGGCAAGACGUUGUCAGAUACCGGAGCUGUCUCCUCGUCAGCGCGAUCGUCAUAUCCACCCGAACACCGCGACAAGUAUGACCAGUCCUCUAAAAAUGCUACGUCGCCGGUUUACAGACGGUCUAUCCCCGCCCCGCGUGCAGGAGGCCAGCACAACCCGGCGACACCCCGAGCCGAUAGCGGCAAUAUGUCUGAGAGUAGUGCGUCUGGUCGAAGCAAACGAAACCAUACACAAGCCCAACUCCGUAGCCAGGAGGAUGGGUCAUUCGUUGAUCAAGUGGAGAAGACGACACGGCUGUUUGAGAUAGUCUCGGCGCGCUCCGAUAUCGACCAUCCGAUUUGCGUGGAAUGUACUGAGCUGCUUGUGGAAGGAUUACAAAAACGCUUGGCUGGAUCUACGAAAGAGCGAGAUGCCUACAUCUCGUUUCUUAGGAACCUGAACGGGUCAAUCCCGACCGAAGAGGAGCUGCAGGCGGCACAGAAAUCGUUGGAUGAGAGCUUGGAAGCGGAGCGGGCCGCAUUUGCAGAGCUGCAGUCCUUGGAGAAAGAAAAGGCUACUCUAGAUGCAGAGAUUGCGAGCUUAGAGAUCGACUCGCGACGCCUGAGAUGCGGACGAGGGGAGUUUUUGGCGUUUCAAAAUGAACGGGAUGCGCUCAAUAUGCGUUAUGAUCAUGACUCCCAGCAGCUUGAGAGACUGCAACGGACGAAUGUCUACAAUGACGCGUUCUGCAUUGGUCAUGAUGGAUAUUUCGGUACUAUCAAUGGACUACGGUUAGGCAGACUGGCCAAUCCUUCCGUUGACUGGCCUGAAAUAAAUGCUGCAUGGGGACAAACAGCUCUACUUCUGGCCACGAUGGCCGAAAAACUCGGAUUCCAAUUUCAGGGGUAUCGUCUCAAGCCGCUGGGGUCCAGCUCGCGGAUUGACAAGAUUGAAUAUCCCACGCAGCCAUCCGGUCAGCCCGUCGAGGGAGCUGCACCUAAAGUGACGCAAUUAGACCUGUUUUCGUCCGGUGAUCUCCCGCUGAACCUUCCUUGGCUUCACCGUCGCUUUGACGCGGGCAUGGUGGCGUUCCUUGAGUGUCUGCGCCAGCUGGGGAAGUUUGUUGAAAAGACCCCCGCGCCCGUAAUAUCUCCCCGUCGAGGCCCGACCGGCGCCACCGCACCGGGGCUAAAACUACCCUAUGAGAUCAAGCGAGAUCGUAUUGGCGAUGCCAGCAUCAAGUUGGGCUUCAACCAGAAUGAUGAGACGUGGACUCGAGCCUGCAAGUACACGCUCACUUGCUGCAAGUUCCUCCUUGCGCAUGCCAGCAAUCUCGCUAGCACGGGGUCUAGCAACUCAGCUGCUGUCGCGGCUGCAGCCGUAGCAGCCGCGGAACAAGCCAGACAGGAAACGGGUCCGAAGAAUAAAACAUGA